AAGAGCUUCCUUGAAGCUUUGGCACGGGGCGCACGCGCUGUGACUAGGGUGCUCGCUACGCCUCUGCCAUUCUACUGCUCCUCUAUAGGAUCGUCUCAGUAAUUGGCUUCAUACCUUGAAUAGGCGCGGAACCACCUGUUCUUACCAUCUUACUGUACACAGCGUUUUACUGCAAUCACUCCUGUGGUCCUCGGCAGCUUGCGCAGCCAGCCGCAGGCACCUGAGAUCUGGUCACCUGUUGGCAGCCUUGGUUCCUCUUCCACGCUUGGCAAGCCUCUGUCUUUUGAAAAUCGCAAACGGUGUCCAGCAUGGCCUUAAUUGUGGAUCUCUCUGUGGCCCUGGCCUCAACGUUUAGCCAUGAUGCGAACAUUCGCCAGCAGGCAGAGCAGCACCUCGACCAGCUGAAGCAGUCCAACUUCCCUAGCUACCUUGCAAGCAUCACCAACGAGCUGGGCAAUGAGGAGCGCGCUGAUGAUGUGCGUCAGGCUGCAGGCCUUCAGCUUAAAAACUCGGUGGAUGCCAAGGACCAGGCGCGGCGGGCAGACCUUGUCGCCAAAUGGAUGGCAACGGAUGUUGCUCUAAAGCAGCAUAUCCGGGAUGUCCUUCUCCGAUGCCUGCACUCUCCGAAAGGCGAUGUGCGCAAGACAACCGCGCUGGUCAUUGCUAAAAUUGCCAGCAUCGACAUUCAAAACAAGGAUUGGCCUACGCUGAUUCCCAGCUUGAUGAACAACAUGGGCACGCAGCCGCCGACGCCUGUGGGUACGCGCCAGGCGACGCUCACGACUCUGGGCUACAUCUGCGAGGAGGUUGACGAGUCGCUACUGUCCCCCGACAACAUUAACAUGAUCCUGACGGCCAUCGUAGCUGGUAUGGGCGCCACGGAGGCGGAUGACGCGCGCUUGGCCGCUAUUAAGGCGCUGACGAAUGCCAUCCAUCUCGCCAAGAACAACUUUGAAGUGGACAACGAGCGCAACUACCUGAUGCAGGUCGUCUGCCAAGGGACGCAAGCCCCAAGCCAGCCCAUGCGCGUCGCAGCCUUCCAGUGUCUGCAGCACAUUGCUGACAACUACUACCCUAAGCUGCAGUCGUACAUGACAGAGCUGUACGGCCUCACCACGAAGGCCAUCAAGGAGGAUGAGGACGAGGUGGCCACGCAGGCGAUUGAGUUCUGGAGCACCAUUGCUGAGUUCGAGCUUGAGCUGCUUGACGAUGGCAAGGAUUCGGAGUGCAAGAACUUCAUCGUCAGCGCUGCCGACUAUCUCCUGCCUAUCCUGUUGGAGUGCUUGACCAAGCAGGACGAGGAUGCGCUGGAGGACGAGGGCACCUGGAACCGCGCCAUGGCUGCCGGCUUCUGCCUCAAGCUGCUUGCCCGGAUCUGCAAGGACCGCAUUGUGACGCAGGUGCUGAACUUCAUUCAGGCCAACAUCUCCUCCACGGACUGGCACUUCCGAGAGGCCGCCACCUUUGCCUUCGGCUCCAUCAUGGAGGGCCCCAGCGUCUUGUCCCUUGACCCGGCGGUCCGCUCCGGCCUUCCGUUCCUGGUGAACGCGCUGAAGGACCCCAACCGCAUCGUCCGGGAGACGACUGCGUGGACGCUGGGCCAGGUGUUUGAGCAGGUGCACGGGUGUGAGCCUGACAACGCUGCGCCCAUUGUCAGCAAGGAGAUGCUGCCCAGUCUGCUGACCGCGCUUGUCGAGUCGCUGAAGGACGAGCCGCGCGUCGCUUACUAUGUGUGCGAUGCCGUGCGCCUUCUCGCUCUGGGCUUCAACUCUGCCGGCGAUGACACGUCACCGCUGUCGCCGUACCUGAAGGACCUGGUUCAGAAGCUGUACGAGGCUGCCGAGGUCUUCCGCAACCACCCCUCCGUGGAGAACAGCGGGAAGGCCCAGAUUGCGGCCUACGAGGCAAUCAACGACCUGGUCCGCACCUCGGCGCGCGACACCCUGGAGUUCGUUGGCACGCUGCUCACGGUUGUCCUCCGGGCGAUCAACGCGAACCUGGAGGUCCCCAUCACGUCUCAGCAGGCGGCCGAGAAGAUGGCGGCGCUGCAGGGCCAGCUGUGCGGCAUGUUGCAGGUCUGCAUGGAGCGCCUGUGCCGCAGCGAGGAUGCCAGGGCGGCGCUGGUGCCCCUCCGCGACCAGAUCAUGGAGACGCUCCUGAAGGUGCUCACGGGCACCCAGAGCGGCGCCGGCGUGCACGAAGAAGCCAUGCUGGCCGCAGGCACCUUCACCGUCGCCGUCGGCCCCGACUUUGAGAAGUACCUGCAGCAGUUCAUGGUCUACAUCCGCGCCGGCCUGCAAGACCACAUGCAGUGGCAGGUGUGCCUGUCCACAGUGGGCGUGCUGGGCGACGUCAGCCGCGCCGUGGGCGCAGCCAUUUGGCCGUACUGCGACGAGCUGGUUUCCAUUAUCCUGGCCAACCUGGGCUCGCCCAAUGUGCACCGGAACAUCAAGCCCGAGCUGCUGACGGUGCUGGGUGACAUGGCGCUUGCCAUUGAGGGGCUGUUUGCCAAGUACCUGGACGCAGUGCUCACCAUUCUGCGUCAGGCCAUGCAGAUGAGCGUGCAGAUGGUCAGCGCCAACGACUACGACACGUACGACUACAACAACCUGCUGCGGCGCGGCAUCAUCGACGCCUUCUCCGGCAUUCUGCAGGGCAUGGGCGACGACAUCACCAGGGGCACCAACUCGGGUCCUUCCAGCCGCGACCGGCUAAUGCAGGAGCUGCCCGCCGUGUUCCAUUUUAUCUCCAGUAUCGGUGCGGACAAGACCGCGGGCGACGCGUUCGAUGAGGACGUGGCCCGGGCCGCGAUUGCGCUGCUGGGCGACUUCUGCAGCGUGAUGCCGGCCACCGGCACGGCGCUCGCACAGCACCCAGGGCGGGAGUGGACGGCGCUCAUCAGCUUCAUCCUCUCUUGCGGCGACGACUCACUGUCCAGCAACAACGUCAACUGGGCCAUCGACCUGCUGCGGAAGGCCACCAACCUGCCGUUUUAGGUUGCUGGUCGGAUCAGAAUGAGCAUAGGAAGGCAGCACGUCGGCAUUCACGCAGGCCUGGACUCCGUCAGUAGUGCAUUGCACGAUCGCUUCUGCAUGUCACGAGGGUGCUGCGGCAGGCUGGCGUGUGUUGUUUGCGCGCGAUACAUUUCUUAAUGUUUGUUUUGCUGCAGCGGUUUGAUGGGUAGUCCAUGCAGGGUACCCCAUGUUGCGUCGGGAACAUGCAGGAGGCUUGCCAUUGUGGUGUGUUGCCGGAAGCCUUGGUAGGCAGGUUUGGCCGUCCAUUGUGCGCUGGGCUGGUCGAUCGGGCUGCAUUUUGGACGCCCGGAUGGUUUGGUUUAGUGAUGUGUCCGGAAUUGACGUAUUUCCCUUCUUGCUGCGGAAACGGACGUGGAGGGUGGCUUUCGGGCGUCUGUUGCGUUGGGGAAAAACUGCAGCGGCACGACUCUUGUUUGAUGUGUCCGCAUGUCUGACUGCCUGACAUGGGUGAGUGCCUGCGUACGGGUGUGUCCCGUCGACGUGGUAUUAGUGUCUGGUGCAGGAGCAAUAGUUAUAUGAGCUGGUUGCGCAGUUUUGCAAUCCAAGCAGGAGUGUGUUAGCUUUAGUCUAGGCUUGAUUGGGUCAAAGCAAGGCAUUCGCUGGCUAGACCGAUGGGUUAUGUCACCGGGUUGGGUUUGGGAAAACGGGGUUUAAGCAGGGGCAUAAGUCGCUAGGUGAAAAUGAGCUUAAUGUGUCGGCAGUGGCUUUGUAGGAGAGUGUUAGUUUAAAUACACCCGUGGUCGUUCAGUGUCCAGUGCUACUAUACGGCAGUGGCGGCAGCGUGGUGGCGUGUACAGAACCAGUUUGAUAUGUCUUUAGUAAUCAUAGGACAAACACAAUGCUUGCGGGUGUGGGAUUCGCGGGUGUGUGUGCCGUGCUUUUUGUUGCUCAGCACGUUCAGAAGGCACUGCUGCUGCGGACCAAGCUUGGCAGGUCCGCUGCCAUACAACACUACCCGCGGCUGAUAGCAGGAGAGAUUUGGGCGUUCCUCAAAAUCUGAACGUCGCCCAUUGUGCGUUCUGCGGAUACAGCGUCAAUACAGUGUAGCGCGAACUUGUGCAGGUGCGUGCGUGCAAUGUGUAUUAGGAGUCCCUUGCCUUGGUAAUCGUC